UGAGAGUAGAUAGUGGCAAAGAAGAAGAAGUGGAUGGCGGGAAAUUGUUUUUGUAUCCGCUGUCAGACGUUUUGGCGACAUACCGCCGCUGUUAGUCUUUAGAAUUUGAUACAAAGUGAGGAACAGGAUGGCGCUUUGGGUAGAUAAAUAUAGGCCCAGGGAACUGUCCAAACUAGAUUAUCACAAGAACCAAGCCGAACAGCUCAAGAACCUUUCCCAGCAAGGCGACUUUCCACAUUUGAUGUUCUAUGGCCCGUCAGGAGCGGGAAAGAAGACUCGAAUUAUGUGCUUACUCCGUGAACUGUACGGUACUGGUGUAGAGCGUUUGCGGAACGAAACAAUGACUUUCACGACGCCAUCCAAUCGGAAGAUUGAAAUCAUGACAGUGAGUAGCAAUUACCAUCUGGAAGUCAAUCCUUCAGAUGCAGGCAUCUACGAUCGCGUUGUUGUCAUCGAUCUCAUCAAACAAGUCGCUCAGACACAUCAAAUCGACCCAAGUGGCCAGCACGACUUCAAAGUGAUUAUCCUGUCAGAAGUGGACGAAUUGACCAAGGACGCGCAGCACGCUCUACGCCGAACCAUGGAAAAAUACGUUGCCACAUGCCGAAUCAUCCUCUCUGUGAACUCAACCUCACGAGUCAUACCAGCUAUUCGCAGUCGUUGUCUCGGAAUCCGGGUCUCUGCUCCAAAAGUCGAUGAAAUCGUGACCAUUCUCAACAAUGUCUGUCGGCGCGAAAGCCUCACUGUACCAGAGGAAUUGGCACGUCGAAUCGCUGAGAAAUCGGAGCGAAACCUGAGGAGGGCGAUCCUUAUGCUUGAAGCAUGCAAAGUUCAGCAGUAUCCGUUCACAGCGAAACAGGAAAUAGCAGAUCUCGAUUGGCAAAUGUACCUCAAAGAAACUGCCAACCAAAUCAUCCUGGAACAAUCGCCGUCGCGUUUAGAAAAAGUCCGAGAACGAUUGUACGAGUUGCUGUCUCAGGGAAUUCCACCUGAUAUUAUUUUUAAAGGACUCGUGCAGGAUCUGGUGAAGAAUUGCGAUAUGAGCUUAAAGGCCAAGACUUUGGAGUUCGCGUGUUUGUAUGAGCAUAGAAUGCAGAAUGGAUCAAAACAUAUUUUCCAUUUGGAGGCGUUUGUGGCGCAGUUUAUGAAUAUUUAUAAGAAAUUUAUGUCGGAAACUAUUAUGAUGGAUGAAUUCUGAAUAAAAUAAGUACAAAAUACAAAGUA